AUGUUUUUCAAGUCAUUGGCGGUCGCCUCCCUGGCACUUUUUGCCAAGCAGGCCUAUGCGGCCUUUGGUAUCACCACCAGUACUGCAUCCUACGUGAUUGAUGCUGGUUCCUCCAACGCUCUGAAGUUCACCGUCAGCCGGACCAAUUGUGACAUUACCUCCAUCAACUUCUAUGGCUCUGAGCUUCAAUAUCAGUCGACGGGUUCUCACAUUUCAUCCGGCCUUGGAAGCGGUACAACCGUCACUGCCACUCAAAGUGGUGACUACAUCAAGGUGACAUGUGCUACGUCCACCUUGACACACUACUAUGUUGUCCACAGCGGAGAUCCGAUCAUCCACAUGGCGACUUACACCACCGCGGAACCUUCCGUUGGCGAGCUUCGGUACAUCGCCCGCCUGAACGCGGAUCUUCUGCCAAAUGAGGAGCCAUUUGGUGUGGUCUCGAACAUUGGAGGAGGCUCUGUGGUCGAAGGCGAGGAUGUGUUCCUGGUCGAUGGACAAACACGCAGCAAGUUCUACUCCAGCGAGCGGUUUAUCGAUGAUAACAUCCACUGUGUUUCUGGAAGUGCUCACCGGGUUUGCAUGAUUUUGAACCAAUACGAGAGUUCCUCGGGAGGUCCUUUCUUCCGUGACAUUAACACCAACAAUGUUGGAUCUUACACCGGUCUAUACUGGUACAUGAAUUCCGGACACGUUCAGACCGAGGAUUUCCGCCAGGGUUUGCACGGCCCAUACUCUAUGUACUUCAGUCGAAGCGGAACCCCCAGCUCGAACAUUGACACAUCGUUCUUCGCCGAUCUCGAUAUCAAGGGAUACGUCGCUACAUCUGGUAGAGGAUAUGUCAAGGGCACUGCUUCCGGCGCUAGCUCAUCCUUCAAAUGGGUCAUUCACUGGUACAACUCUGCUGCCCAGUAUUGGACUUACGCUUCAUCUUCCGGAUCUUUCACUUCUCCCGCUAUGAAGCCCGGAACAUACACCAUGGUCUACUACCAGGGUGAAUACCCCGUUGCCACUUCUUCCGUCACCGUGACCGCUGGAUCAACUACAUCCAAAAGCAUCUCCGGCUCCGUGAGUACCGGAACUACAAUUUUCAAAAUCGGCGAAUGGGAUGGCACACCUACCGGAUUCCGCAAUGCUGCAAACCAGCUUCGUAUGCAUCCCUCGGACAGCCGCAUGUCCUCAUGGAGCCCAGGAACCUACACCGUCGGCAGUUCCUCUUUGACCGACUUCCCAAUGGCCCUGUUCAAGUCGGUCAACUCUCCAUUGACAAUCAAAUUCACAGCAACGUCUUCGCAAACCGGAGCCGCAACCCUCAGGAUUGGAACUACUCUCUCCUUUGCGGGAGCCCGGCCUCAAGUCACAGUCAACAGCUACGCCGGCUCUACUCCGGCGGCCCCAACAAACCUCAACUCUCGCGGUGUCACCCGUGGCGCUUACCGGGGCUUUGGUGAGGUUUAUGAUGUUUCACUUCCCGCUGGAACCAUUGUUGCAGGAUCAAACACUAUUACCAUCACCGUUGCCUCCGGCAGCUCGGGAGAUACCUAUCUCAGCCCCAACUUUGUAAGCAUCGCUUGGAUUUCCUUGACCCAAGCUCUGAAUCUAACAAUCAACCAGAUCUUCGAUGCCGUCGAGCUUUUCCAGUAA